ACAUUCAUCCGGGCAAUUGUAGAUCUUGGUUGCUUGACUACACAAACAAGUGUUGAAUUUAAUGUUGUUUACAUUUUUCAUCAAAUAUAAGUCAUUUUGUCUGACUUUUCCUUAGAUUUAUAAACAAGUUUCGUGAUUAAACACUAGUGUAUAAAAAAAUGGCAGCGCUAGUUCAGCCAAAGCUUCAGACGAAGGGGUGUGGAUAUUCCAAGAUGAAAUCGCACGAAGACAAAAAAGCUUUUACCAUCCAAGCUCAAAUGAAGGAUGCAAAGGUGGAAAGCCCUCCAAAAGCUGGAGCAUUCGCACCAAGACUCGCUAAACCAACAUCAUUCAGGAAGUUUUACGAGAGAGGUGACUUCCCAAUUGCACUCGAACAUGACACAAAAGGAAACAAAAUUGCAUGGAAGGUUGAGAUUGAGAAACUAGACUACCACCACUACCUUCCUCUGUUUUUUGAUGGACUCUGUGAAAUUUCGCACCCCUACGAGUUCUUUGCCAGACAAGGUGUACAUGACAUGUUGGAGCAUGGAGGUUCCAAAAUCCUGCCAGUCAUUCCUCAGCUUAUCAUUCCAAUUAAAAAUGCCUUGAACACAAGACAUGCCCUGGUUGUCUGCACAACGCUCAAAGUCCUUCAGCAUUUGGUUGUGUCAGCAGAUAUGGUCGGAGAAGCCCUAGUACCUUACUACAGACAAAUUCUUCCCAUUCUAAACAUCUUUAAGAACAAGAACCGCAAUUCCGGUGACGGCAUCGACUACAGCCAGCAGAAGAGAGAAAACAUUGGAGACCUCAUCCAGGAGACUUUGGAAGCCUUCGAGCGCCACGGAGGAGAAGACGCUUUUAUAAACAUUAAAUACAUGGUUCCCACAUAUGAAUCAUGCAUGCUGAACUGAUGAACACACAGUGUUUCCUUAAUCUUUCAUUGGACUCAUAGAAGUUUAAAUAGACUUGUGAAGAAAUCUUGUGAACAAAUCUCUGCAACAACUUUUUUAAAAUUUUGAGUAUUGAAUCACCUUUUUUCUCAAUAAAAAAUAUAAGGAAAUGCUAUUAUAUAAUUUUUUUUAUUUUGAAAUUGCUGAGCAGAGAUAUAAAACAUUCUCAGAGAAAUGGAAAAAAAUACAAAAGAAGAUGCAGUAUAUUAAACAUUUUGUUUAAAGUUUAAACCUUGAAACCAUAUAUACGUGCCUUUAUCGGGUUGUUCCAAAAUUCUAUAAAUAUAAAGUAAUAUAAAAAAAAUAAGGAACUUAUUGAAGCCAUUAUUUCUAAGGUGUACUAAUUUAUUAAAGGUAUUUUAGUGUCACUGCGAUUUUUAUUUUUGACAUUCACAUGUUUUUAUUGUUUCACUAUUUAAAGAAUUUGUCAUUUUUUGUGUAAAUACAUAAGUGCAUGAAAGUUGACUUUGUUGAACAGUGUGAAGUAUAUGAGAUAUAUGUUUGUACUAUUUAUGAGAUAUUAUCUAUUACUGUUACUAAAAAGUACAAUUUUACAAUCAUAUAGACUGCCCUUUCUGGCGUUGCUUGCAUUUUUUGUUUUACAUUAUAGAUUCGAUUCAUACACAAAAUAUUGAUACAUGUGUACCAAUAGUAUUGUUCAUCAAAAAAGCCAAACGUAGUUCGUAGACAACUUUAAAACGAGAUAUCAUGGUUUUUUAUGCAAUAAAUUUGGAUUUAAUACUGGUCAGGAAAGAAGAUCUAUUAUCAGAAUUGUUCGCAUGCUGUUUUUUUGUUCUUUUUUCUUUUUUAGAAUCCUUCCUUCAUUGUUGUAUUUUAAAAUAAAUAUAAGAGCUAUAAAGAUAAAAAGUUUAACAGCAUUAUGAAAACUGAGGAUGUUCAUUCUUAUGUCAAACUAUUAGGGAGUAUUAUUUUGUUCAACUGUUUUAAUAUUUAAACAUGUCUGUGAUAUAAAAUUUCAUUUAAAGCAUUUUAGCGUGUUACUUAUAUUAGUCCUUUCAUUUUACGGCGGUCAUAAAACCAUUCUUAAGUGGUAUAGUUCCAUCACUUGAACAUGUAUAAAGAUCAGUUGUUUUUCCAAAGUGAUUUGCUCCGUUUUAUUAUGUAUUUACCAUCAAUUCUAAAUUACGCAUCAGGCUUAUAACUCCAGAAUUUUCUUAAAAAUCGAUAAAUUGUAUUCAAUUUUAACAUAACGUAGAUCAAUUAUGAUAACACUCGGUAUAUAAGGGAUACAAUUUGAAUAUGUUAAGGGAUCUACUAUGAUUUAAAUGGAUUUUGAAAUAGAUAAGAACAUUAUUGUGAUGUAUAAAAUAUCAAGUUUUCAACGCUUACUUAUGAAGAUUGAUUGGUAAAAUACAUAGGUAGAUAGAACCAUUGAAACAAUGAAAUCGGGAAAGAUUGAGAACAUGAGAGGUACAUUUGAAAUCUAAGAUCACGUCUUGGAUUUUGCAGUUAUGAAUAAAUUACUCUUUACAAUAAAUA